AUGGCUAAAAAGGUGAUUAGAGUAAUGGCUAAAGUGGAGAAUAGAGUGACGGCUAAAGAGGAGAAUAGAGUGAUGGCUAAAAAGGUGAUUAGAGUGACGGCUAAAGUGGAGAAUAGAGUAACGGCUAAAGAGGAGAAUAGAGUGACGGCUAAAGAAGAGAAGAGAGUGACAGCUAAAAAGGUGAAUAGAGUGGCAGCUAACGGGGAGAAUAGAGUGAUGGGUAAAGAAGGAGAAAAGAGUGAUUGCUAA